GAAAGCUUAUGCUCAAAUAAAUUUGUUCAUCUCUAAGGUGCCACAAGUACUCCUGUUAAUUUUACUUUGUAUUUCAAGUGUUCAAAAUAAAGACUCUGCAGUAUUAUGAUCUACAGAAGGUCUGAUUAGUAAAUGAGUCCCAAAUUUAAAAAAAGGCUAGCUUCCUAAUACUAGACUAUAGAAUUGAGGCUUUCAAAAUGAGUUAAUUUAUACACACUCAAUUCUAGUUAGAACUUAUCUAUAAUACUUAGUAAAAGUUUUAUAAACUAAUUUGGCACAAUUAAUAGGUAGUAGUUGCCCACUUAAAGUUGCACUUGCUGGUAAAGAUGCUAAAAAUCUGUGUUCGGGUUCCCUAGUUCUCGCCUCAGCUCCACCCUGACCCUAAUCUAGGAACUGUUCACAAAUUAGGGAAAUUAGCCAGUGAGUGUGCAACUCACACACCAUCUGUAUGGCUACUGGGAAUCCUCCAGAGAGGAUAUCCAGGCAGUUUCUAUUCCUCAAGUAAUGGAAAGGAGUGGAGAAGGGUUGAGAAUCUGGCCCAGUGUUGAGAUUUUGGAAUUAGCACACCAAAGCAGCAGUUUAAAGAUUACUCAAAGCAAGACCUAUCUUGUGACAUUACCAUAAAAUCAAUCUAGUGGCAGAUACCAAUUUCAUAUAUCCUCUUGUUCAAAUAUAUUGAGAUUUCUGUAUUUAACAAUAAAAAUCUAACUGAAGUGCUAACUAGUUUUUAUUCUUUUAAAUAUUUGGGUGUAAAAUUCAAUUAAAUGAAAAGGACAUUCAUUACAGCAAAUUGCUAUAGCAUAUGGAUCCAAGGGCUGUAAAUAAAAUUUGUCACUGAUUACUGUCCAAGGUAGUUCAAUUGUAUCUAAUACAUUUAAACUUUCUAUCCCAUAAUUCUAAUAUUUGUUGCCAUUAUAGCUACAGUGUGGGUGGAAAAAGCUAAACCAGAAAAGAGCAGAUCUAAGUGUAAGCUACUUUGCAUAUUGUCAAUUGACUAUAAAUUACACCAGUCUUCGACACAACAAAACAGCUUUGGAACAACAAUAGUUCAGACAUUUUGAGCAGCCUGAAAAUUCUGUUUCCUUGGAUUACUUGAGAAUUUUCUCCAUCUCAGAACAGGUUAAACACAAAACCCAAUGGAUAGUAAAAGCUACUGUAACUUCAUGGACACGUUGUCCAUCUACGACUCACAACAUGUACAAGUGACUAGGCCUUUCAGUGGGGACCCUUUUGUCACGUUUCAUGUGUACCCUGAGACACCGACCCAGUUCACUUGCUCUGAGGAUUUGCCACUACUUCCUUUUACAUCCGAGCAGUUGAUCACAGAGAACUUCUACAUGGAUCCUUGCAACUUUCCUUACCAAGUGGCCCAGGCUAAUUAUGGCAGAGGUGACUGUUCUUACGGACCAGCUUUCAUCAGAAAAAGGAAUGAAAGGGAAAGGCAGAGGGUUAAGUGUGUCAACGAAGGAUACGCCAAACUCCGACGUCAUCUGCCUGAGGAAUACUUAGAGAAACGGCUCAGCAAAGUAGAAACACUUCGAGCUGCAAUAAAAUACAUUCACCAUCUACAAUCCGUUCUGUGCAGUGAUUCUGCAGUGACAGAGAAGAAUAACCUGGAACUGGGCCAUACUUCCAAGGCAAUGGCCAGAGAGAUCCAGUUUUGAGGACUAUCUGAACUGCUCCAGGGAAGAAAAAUAAUCACAGCUGAGGCUAAUAACAAUCACAUUAUUGGUGACACAAAUAAUUCUGUGAAACUGACACAUUUUAUGAACUGUACAAAGCACACAUCCCUACCAGUCUACUGGGAAAAGAGUUUAAAUUAAGCUACAGGGAAUUACAUUGAGAUGAGAAAUACUAAUCUACAAGAAAAUGAAAUGUAAACUAUUUUAGUUAAUUCAUGGAAAUUAGAAAAAAAUCCUUUAACUUUGUUAGUUGGAAACCGAAAGUAGGACUACGUUUCAUUUUUCAGAAAGGAGCAAAUAUAUAUGCCAUUUCAGUCUGCAUAUUU